AUGGCAACACCACCUGUCCUCCAUGAAUCCGCGAGACCACGACUCGGCUACUUCAUCGAACAACCCGGCGCAUAUCCCCUGGAUCUCGAUAUGUCAUCCGAGCUCGAAAAUAUUCAUGGCUACACCAUCAGCGCCUCCGGUCGACCCAUGAAUCCCGUCAUUCGCCUGUCUGAUGCUGAUGCUGUCGUCGCUACGACCGAGGCUCACGCUGAUGUCGACGUUGAAAUGGCUGAAACCGGUACUGACAAUCUGCAGACUGCAUCGCCGAAGAGCCCUCGAAUCACCGCUACACCCGUCACCUUUCCCGAAGGCUUUCCAGACAAGCCAGCCGUUCUCGAAGAGAAGCAAGGUCAAAUCGAGUUCCAAGUCGUCAAUAAUGACAACUCUCACAGCAGCAACAUCAUCCUGACGGGUCUCAAAUGUAUCUUCCAGAAACAGUUGCCCAAGAUGCCGAAAGACUACAUUGCGCGCCUCGUCUACGACAAGACUCAUUUGUCUAUCGCUAUCAUUAAGCAGCCCCUCGAAGUCGUCGGUGGAAUCACAUAUCGCCCGUUCAACUCACGCCAGUUCGCCGAGAUCGUCUUCUGCGCCAUUAGUUCCGACCAGCAAGUCAAAGGCUACGGCGCUCAUCUCAUGGCCCACUUGAAAGACUAUGUUAAGGCGACGUCUCCUAUCAUGCACUUCCUCACCUAUGCUGACAAUUAUGCCAUUGGCUAUUUCAAGAAGCAAGGCUUCACCAAGGAGAUCACGCUCGACAAGUCUAUUUGGAUGGGCUACAUCAAGGACUAUGAAGGUGGUACGAUCAUGCAAUGCAGCAUGCUUCCAAAGAUUCGCUAUCUGGAGGUGCCUCGCAUGCUGCAGAAGCAGAAAGAGGCGGUGCAAGCCAAGAUCAGAGCUGUUAGCAAGUCUCACAUCCUGCAUCCUCCUCCAGCUGCUUGGGCGAAUGGCGUGGUACCCAUUGACCCCUUGUCAAUCCCGGCCAUCAGAGAGUCUGGUUGGUCACCGUCCAUGGAUGAGCUGUCUCGACAGCCUCGUCAUGGUCCGAAUUACAAUCAGCUUCUUCAUCUGCUCAACGACAUGCAAAACCACACCUCUGCUUGGCCCUUUGCUCAGCCCGUCAACCGUGACGAGGUGCCAGACUACUACGAGGUCAUCAAGGAGCCAAUGGAUUUGUCAACCAUGGAGGAGAGAUUGUCCAACGACUUGUAUCCUCGUCCGGAAGAUUUCAUCAAGGAAGCUAAGCUGAUCUUCGACAACUGCCGGCGUUACAAUAACGAAACUACGCCAUACGCAAAGAGUGCCAACAAGCUUGAGAAGUUCAUGUGGCAGCAGAUCAAGGCCAUUCCAGAGUGGUCGCACCUUGCUGAUUAA